AUGGAGAGUGUGUCAAAACGGAAUAAUUUAGAGGAUUUAAAGAAUGUGGAGUUUGAGACAUCUGAAAAUAUCGAAGUCAUUCCAUCUUUCGAUUCAAUGUGUCUCCGAGACGAUCUGUUGCGUGGGAUAUACGCUUACGGAUUUGAGCGGCCUUCAGCGAUUCAGCAAAGAGCUAUCAAACAGAUAGUGAAGGGUCGAGAUGUUAUAGCACAAGCUCAAUCUGGUACUGGCAAAACCGCAACAUUAGGUAUAUCUAUUCUACAAAUGUUGGAUACCCAGCUAAGAGAAACUCAAGCUUUGGUUUUGUCUCCAACUCGUGAACUAGCUUCGCAAAUACAGAAGGUCAUCCUCGCCCUUGGUGACUACAUGAAUGUUCAAUGUCACGCUUGUUAUGGUGGAACAAACAUUGGAGAAGACAUUAGGAAACUAGACUACGGACAGCAUGUCAUAUCUGGAACUCCUGGUCGUGUAUUCGAUAUGAUACGCCGUCGCAGUCUACGAACAAGAGCUGUUAAGUUGUUUGUUCUGGAUGAAGCCGAUGAAAUGCUGGAUAAAGGGUUCAAAGAGCAAAUUUACGAUGUUUACCGGUACUUACCCCCUGGCACUCAAGUAGUUCUUCUAUCAGCCACAAUGCCUCAUGAGAUUCUCGAAAUGACGUCAAAGUUCAUGACCAAUCCUGUUCGGAUUCUGGUAAAACGUGAUGAAUUGACUUUGGAAGGUAUAAAGCAAUUCUUUGUGGCAGUAGAACGAGAAGAAUGGAAAUUCGACACUCUUUGUGAUUUAUACGAUACACUCACUGUCACUCAAUCUGUUAUUUUCUGCAAUACUAAACGUAAAGUUGCAUGGUUGACGGAGAAAAUGCUUAAAAACAACUUCACAGUGGCUUCUAUGCAUGGUGACAUGGUUCAGAAAGAGCGGGAAGAAAUUAUGAAAGAUUUCAGAGCUGGGGAUAGCCGCGUACUUAUAACAACAGAUUUGUGGGCACGAGGUAUUGAUGUCCAACAAGUAUCUCUAGUCAUAAACUACGAUUUACCUAACAAUCGUGAACUUUACAUACAUCGUAUAGGUCGAUCGGGCCGUUUCGGACGUAAAGGUGUGGCGAUUAACUUUGUAAAGACGGAUGAUAUCAAAAUCUUACGGGAUAUUGAACAAUACUACUCUACACAAAUUGAUGAAAUGCCAAUGAAUGUUUCAGAUCUUGUAUAA